AUGAAAUGUUUUUCUUCUGGACCACACUUCCUAUAUUAUGGAACUCCGGAAAUAGCCCUUGGUCAACUAAAGAUCUUUUGGCCGGGUUCAAGUCUAUCCACAGGUGGCCAUCUUUUGGUGGCUAAAAAGGUUCGAUAUGAGAAAUGUCUAUGUUGUCGAAUAACUACAGCAAUGUAUGCAGUGCAAUCUUUGUACAUUCUGGCGCUUUCUGUAAUGAUCAUUGCGACAUAUACCGCCUAUGGCUUCACAAUUAAUGCUAUACCAAAUUUGACAUUUCUCAUCGGAUUAGCCAUUCUUCUAUUUCUAUUUCGUGUUUAUGUUUGGUUUCGUGAUAAUGGUGAAAUAUCUGAUCUAUGCUUAAGCAUAAUAUCAAACAGCCUAAUUAUGAUCAUUUAUGUAUUUGCGCUAAUUGUGUCAGUACGAUGGAGAAAAUAUAUGAUUGGUUUGAAGAAAGUGAAAUUUGGAUGA